GGAGAGCAAAAUCACCACAGUGAACGAUGCACUCUACCGUUCUGCGGCUGCUCUAGCCUGUUCUGCCUGGAACUGCUGUGUGGAUGACCAGGCAAUCAACUUAGAUCGAAAAGUCGGUUUACCGAACAGACAAGGACCUUGCGGCACAUCUCCUGGAAGGAAGGGAUCAUGAGCUGCAGUCGCCUGCAGGAAGACGCGCACGAUUCGACCAAAGGCAUGCCUACGACACUGCCAGAGGAUUGUUGUGCCGCGCUUCCAUCAUGCUUAUCGAUAUCUGUUCCAUCGAAUACCAACGCCUCGCAUCGACGGGUAAGUUCCAUGAUGACGGAGACGCUCGAAGAUCGUAACUUCCCGCCCAACCAACCAACGUUGACCUUCCGCGUAACGGGGGCCUCGUCAGUGGCCCGCUUGGAGCCGCUUCUCCUCGGCCAAGGCAUUAGGAACCAACGGCCAACGAUUUGGUCGCGAUCUUUCGAUAGCAGCGAUGAUGAUGCCCGCAUUGAUUUUGUGUGGGAAACAACCGUGACGAAGCAACAGCAACGGCGGCAUCGGGAUGCGAGAGUGCUGAACCGCCUCAGUGGCGCGCAGGUCUUGGAAGAUAAGGCCAACCUAGUGCUACUCCAGCGGCUCAUGACAGCGCCAACACUUGAGUCGUGUGUCGUCAACGGCCGAAACGCGGUCGCUCGCUGGGCACAACAACGUUUCAAGGAGCAAAAACCUUCACGAGACAGUCCUCCGCCGCCCUCCUCUUCUCGUGAGACCGGGUAUCCACACGACGAUCAAUUUCUUUCCCGUAAACGUGCUCUAGGCCAAGAUGCAUCAGCAGCAACAGAAACAACACAAGAAUCGGAAGCAGUCGGGAAUGGACUUGCGGGCGAGGAGGACUGGUGGUGCGUGAAAGCGUCAGGGGGGAACGGUGGCCUUGACAUCUGGGUGCUGCAUAAGGGGAACUGGAAGAUGGUGACGGAAGCGCUUAGCGAACAUGAGAGCUACGUUAUUCAGCGGUACGUGGCAAGACCAAUGCUUUGGCAAGGGAAAAAAUUUCACUUCCGCGCAUACGCCCUCUUGCGAGCUGACAUGUCGGCGUGGCUGUACCGCACCGCGUACAUCCUGUCCGCCAGCCGGCCGUACUCCCUCGGAGGGAACGACAGCCGUGGCGACGGCGUGCGAGUGGGGGCCGGUGUUGCGGACAUACGCAGAGCGGCUUUUGCCGACGAGUUUGUGCACAUUAGCAAUUUGGCUGUCAACAAGCACACCGAAGGUCACCCUGGGCAGGUCCCGUGCGACCUCCCUAGCGAGUAUGGUGCUUUGUGGCCGAAAAUGCUGGAACUUCUAGGAUCUCUCGUUGACGCAGCUACGCCGUUCAUGCAGCACCAGGCCAACCCCAACCAUUUCGAGUUUUUGGGGUUGGAUAUCAUCGCGGACAGCACCGGAGGAGUCUGGCUAAUGGAGGCGAAUCGGUUGCCUGGACUGCAGAGCUCUAUGCAGAACCUCGAGAAGGAGAACGAUGUCUACGACAGGAUGAUGCUGGAUCUCAUCAGGCUUUUGGUGCUGCCUCCGCUCACUGGAUGUUCGCCCGAACAGGGCCUGUUCGAGGUGGCCGCCACACCAGCUUCAGGCGCGAGAGCACCAUCCACGGAAACGUGGAGGAACGUCAUGCGAUUUGCGGCGUUCAAGCGAUCUUGCAGGACGAAAACGCAUCCUUCGUGAUUUUGAUCAUUCGCUAUCCGUGUGCGUUUUUCUGCGUGUGUGAGCGUGUACGGAGAGAAUCCAGAGAGAGGAGGGGGGGAAAGUGGUUUGUAGAACGAAGGUGGAGAAACAGUGCUUGUUGGCUUCCUCCUGUUUGACCCUGGCCUGUGCCUCUAGACAGACAUAUUGAAAGCUGUAAAAACUUGGCAUCCAGUGUGUGGUACGACGGAUCGGAACUCUUCAGUCAAGAACCGCAAGACAUCAUGGGGCAGGCAACCGCGAGCAUCGGGUCAUUAAGUGGUUGCGAUCAUGAUUCUGGGCCACGGAUAUUAAUGUAAUGUGUCAUAUGCCCCCAGCCAUGCAUAUCAAUCUCUCAAUCCAGAAGCAGAAAUGUUGACCCUUGUUCGCAGGCAGAUAUGUGCCAAAAAUUCAUUUUGCCGGAGUCACUGCUGCGUAGUCCAGGUGCAGACCUAGCGUUCUUGACGACGAGCAACUUGCGGGCGAGGUGGUGUGUAAUGGUGUACCGUAGAAUGAGAACAGUUCAUUGUUCGAAAACAAGAGAGAGAACAACUAAAUAUCUAGAGGAAUAG